ACGACAGGUAUGCUCCACACUCGACACGGUGAUCUGAUGCUCAGAUCUGCUUCGGACUUCGGGAAAGAUUCUUGUUUUGCGAUCUUCUAGGCAAUAAUGGGAAGGUGGCGACUAGGGUUGCUUUGGAUUUCUUUCAUCUCGACACCAUCUGCAUCCUAGUUCUAGUAUGGGGAACUGUGGUGGCAUUGAUCUCCUUACUUCGAAGAUUACCUCCGUGUCACCCCUCGCUGUCCAAGUCGCUGCUCUGCCUCGCUUCCAGGCUGAUGCUCCGCCCUCUGUUCAAACUGCUAUUGCGCCUCAUUGUUCUAAUCUUCUAGACUGUCGUCGGACACUCGCAAUUGAAGCACUUGGUUAGGCUCCCAUCGUAGUUAACCUCAAGGUAUGUGCCUGGGCUUGACAAAGGGAAGGCACUGUACUUUCUAUUUACCAAGGUAGGAACCAAGACUCCAGGAGGAUUACUUGCACGUCCGGUCUUGACAAGCUACUACAACAGCGACCAAUUCAAGAACAAGCCGCACAAUCCCUACACGGAUUGCACAAGUCCUAUAGAAGCCAUCCUAUGUGUGGAUUCUUUCCAAAGCAUGUACGCUCAAAUGCUUUGCGGCUUGCUAAUGCGUGACCAAGUGCUUCGUGUUGGCGCGGUCUUCGCUUCUGGCCUCCUUCGAGCCAUCCGCUUUCUCCAGGUCUAUUGGAGAGAACUAGCCCAUGAUAUCUCGUCGGGAACGUUGAGCUCCGAAAUCAUUGACCUUUCCAUUAGAAAUAGCAUCGACAAGAUCCUUAGGCCGAACACGGUGCUCGCUCGGCUCAUCAUCGAGGAGUGUCAUGGCGAGAAUUGGGAAGGCAUUAUCAAACGGAUUUGGCCCAACGCCAAAUAUCUUGAGGUGAUUGUCACAGGCGCAAUGGCUCAAUAUAUCCACACUCUUGAUUAUUAUAGCGGCGGAUUGCCAAAGGCUUCUGUCAUGUAUGCCUCAUCUGAAUGCUACUUUGGCCUCAAUCUGAAUCCCAUGUGUGAGCCUGCUGAUGUUUCAUACACCAUCAUGCCCAACAUGGGAUAUUUUGAGUUCCUUCCACAUGACUCUUCAGACCCCGUGCAUGAAGCACGGGGUCAACAUCUUCAACUGAUCGAUUUGGUUGACGUACAGCUUGGGAAAGAAUACGAGCUCGUGAUCACCACCUACAGUGGAUUGUGUCGUUACCGCGUAGGAGACAUACUUCAGGUCUCGGGAUUCCACAACUCGGCCCCAAUGUUCAAAUUUGUGAGGAGAAAAAAUGUGCUACUCAGCAUCGAUUCUGACAAAACAGAUGAGGCAGAGCUGCAAGGCGCUAUAAACAGUGCCACGUCUCUCUUGCAUGAAUACGAGACGAGGCUUGUGGAGUACACUAGCUAUGCAGAUACCAACGACAUCCCGGGUCACUAUGUGGUGUAUUGGGAAUUGGAGAGCAAAAAUCUCUCCAAGUACCCAAGGGACGAUGUUUUGAACAAGUGUUGCCUCGCGAUGGAGGAGUCAAUGAAUACAGUGUAUAGACAGUGUAGAGUGUCAGAUAACUCAAUAGGGCCACUUGAAAUAAGGGUGGUGAAACCGGGAACAUUUGAAGAGGUAAUGGACUUGGCCAUAUCAAGGGGAGCUUCGAUCAACCAAUACAAGACUCCUAGGUGUGUCAAUGUGAUGCCCAUAGUUGAGCUUCUCAACUCAAGGGUGGUGUCAACUCAUUUUAGCCCAUCUCCCCCACAAUGGACUCUGAACGUCGGAUUUGAAUGAGUCUCGGAUUUGUGUAUAUACAUGUAAUGUAUAAAAAUAAAAACCAAUAUAGUACUUGGGUUAAUAUCAAGUUCUUAAUACCUACAGUACUGUUUAGCUAGCUAUAAAUAAGCCAAUCAUGCUAAGGCUUUGUUUGCAAACAAUUAAUUUAAUUGCUUUUGGCUUUUUUUAAGAAAAAAACACUUAUUUUA